UCCGCAAGUCCUCCCGUAGCGUACUUGGAAUGGGUUCUCCCGUACCCGAGGCAAUGCGCCACAAUAAACACCAACAGUGUGCAGAUUGUGCGGUGGCUCUGCUUGGCGAGGUCCCGCGCACCAAGCGCUUUCGCGAGGGUGACGCGCAGCCCUGGUCGCUCCUGCAGCUGAGCUAAUCUGGACUGGAGCUGAGAAGGCCUGGCUUCGGUUGUCGGAUUGGGUCCCCUCCUGAGAGGUGACGACGUGAUCCUCGCAGCCGCCAGAUAGGAUUUAGCUCCAAAAGAAGUAGCCCUAAGGAAGCUUUUGAAGUUACCAAUAUAGAUAAUACCACCACAAGAAGCAACCAUGCCUGCAGAAGGAGGGAAAACUGAUAUGGAGAGAAUCGGCCUCUUCAGUGAGAUGGGAUAUAUCACUAUUGGUGAUAAAUAUGUGUCACAAUUUAAUCGACCCUUUAAUGAACCUGCAAGCAAAAAUAAACAGAUGCUACCUGGAGGAUCCAAAGAAAUGUCAAAUCUCCAAGCAGGUUAUUUUGAUCCCCAUUUUGUAAGGAUUUUUGAAGGUGAAGGCUAUGUAAGUCUGAAUCAAGUGAGGAGACGGCAUAUGAUGGAAGAAACCAAAAAAAAUCUAGGCAAAGCCUUCCUCCCUAGUAAUGGAAAUAAAAAGCUAUGUGGAUUAGGAAGCUACUAUGGAACAAUAGGUGGACCAGUCCCAUUCUUCAGUGUGCAGUCAAAACCCAGAGAAAAAUAUGAGGCACCUGGAAAGAAUUUAUACACAAACCCAGGAAAGAAAGGAACUGGAUAUGGCUAUGCAAAUGUUACCAUAGGUAAACAGUUUUCACACUCAGCUGAUUUCUACGAUGCAGCAAAACUAAAUUAUAAGAAAGAGAAUGAAAAACACCAAAAAUUACUUAAAGGGGCACCUUUCAAGUUAAAUCUUUACCCAAGGGCAUAUUUUGAUACCAAUCCUUAUUUGUCUGAGAAAACUUUACCACCAAUUAAAAAAGUAGAGAAGAAAGACAUACUCGCAAACCCCUUUAAGCCCUCUUCUCCUGGUAAAAAGGCUGGUGGAAUGAAGGCAGGAACAUUUGAACCUUACCCUUCACAUUCUGCUGACCCUUAUGUGGGUAAAUUGACAAGCCAAACUUCCAGUAAAGAUGUUAAGAUUUUCCACCCACCAGGUGGACCAAAAAGCAGACCAAUUGAAAGUAUAAUGACUUUGAACGUCAAAAGGUCACUAAAUAUGAAGAACUACAAGACUGCUUCAUUACAGUCCUAUUAGCAUCUGGAAGACAAAUAGCUAUCUAGAUCCUGACUACCAGUAAUGCAUUAUCAAGUGCUAAUGAUUUGAAAAAAUAAAAGAUGUUGUGGAACAGAUAGCUUAAGAAUUUAAAAGAAAUUUAAGCCUACCAUUCUAAUAUUCUUCCUAGUUUUACUACUAUUACUUAAUGAAUAAAUGAUAUUUGCUAAUAA